UUCUUUAAAUUCAGCUGAUAAGAACUUAACGUCUUCAUCCAUCUAAGAAAUGUGAUUGACAGUUAAGCGUCGACCAUAUGCCCUUCGUUCCGAUUCGUUAACCAUAAACACAUCAGAAGUUUUGACAUAAAAAUCGGAUGUCGACUCCCCUCCGUAACAUUACGGCAACCAUGUAUCUGGGGACCAUUACAACAACACUCAUUGUACUCCUCCUGGUAGAAUGCAUCGCCGGACAGACUGUCUCACUCUUUCCCUACACGAAUCGAAACAUACCAUUUAGAAGAACACAAAGAAGAUUAGUGAACAAUGUUUCCACUAAUUUUAUAAGAAGACAACAGACUCGUUUUCCACAGUUUACAAACAGAGUGGCUUUAGACCCAUGGUGGCCUUAUUCAUCACGACAGAGCGCUAUUCGUGAGGUGGAAAGACUUCAACGCAUCAUACAAGAAGCACGGAAAAACAGACCUGUUUAUGAUUAUAAUGGACCACUGGAAAACUUUCUCCCUCUUCCAAUUGGAGAAAGAUUCAAACCGUCACCUUUCAGGGAUAGUAGAGCAAACAAACCCCAACUUCCGGUGGGUCCACUCUCCAAUGAAAUAAAAUACGCAGGGGACUUAAUCCGAGCUAAAGCAGCAGCUGGUUACUAUGGCGAUAAACCCCUGUUUGAUUUAUAGUUUCAACUUUGUGAAGACUUUCUACAUCUUGCAAUCCAUUCAUUGCAUAAUAUUUUUCUUUUAAUUUAAUGUUAAAGUUGU